AGCACUACUACUCUGCAGCCUCAACUCUGGGACUACUACUACUACUCCUAGUAACUAACCACUUCCCUCCCUCCCGUCCGUCCAACGGCCGCCGAGUUGGUGCGCGAGCGCCCAGCUGAGCCCUGCCCACGCGUCCUGCCGUUGACUAGUACAUCAUAUCUCACCUCACCGUCCAUGUAGCGCAACCAACGACAGAACAACCCCGACACCCCACCAUUUCUUUAUUCAGAAUGCCUUCCAGCGAAAGCCCACGCCGCCGCACGCGCUCGCUGCUGCUGCUCCCGCCGCCGCCGUCGCCGCCGACCUUGGCCGCCCUCAAAGCCGCCUACGCCGCAACCCUGCUGACCGCGCUCCGGGAGCUGCAGCGCACCUCGCGCAGCACGCCCGACGCAGCCGCCGCCGUGCUCGAGAUCGCGCUGCCCUGCCCGCACCUGUACGGCCGCGAGACGGCCCCGCGCAGCCUGCUCUACCCCCGCACCCAGGCCCUCGUCGCCGGCCUGUACAAGCUGAUCUGCGUCAUUGCCGCCGCGGACGCGAUCGACGUCGAGGACGCCGACGGCGUCGACGCCCGCAUCCUCCUGCUCGCGUAUCCUAGAGACGGGAACCUGACGCGUGUGGGCGCGGACGGCUCCCCGGAAGCCGAUUCCCAGGGCCCGGUCGUGGACGUGGCGACGCUGGCGCGCUGCGGCAGGCCCUGGGAGCGCGUUUUCGCUGUCGAGACGGAGAGCGGCGAGCGCCUGCUCAAGAGCUUCCUGGGCGCCAGCAGCCGCGCGCAGAAUGUCCAGCGCCUGCGCGGCGGCAUCACGCAGGUGUUUGAGGCGGAUGACGGCGCGGCUGUGUCUGCGUCCGCGUCCGAGCCUCGCAAACACUACUCGGUCGCCGUGGGCGGGACGUUCGACCACCUGCACAACGGGCACAAGCUGCUGCUGACCAUGACGGCCUUUGCGGUCGAAGCGGCCGCCGCAUCCCCCACCACCGAACAAGCGCGCAGCAUCACCAUCGGCAUCACCGGCGACGCACUGCUGCAAAACAAAAAAUACGCCGAAGCACUCGAGAGCUGGGCCGAGCGACAAGGCGCCACGUACGACUUCCUGUCCACGAUCCUCGACUUCUCCCCCAACAGCACAACCACAACCGAAGAAAUCAAAAACCCCGGCCCCAACGGCCACGCAGUCAACGUCACGCUCCCGGCGCGCCUCACCCUCCGCCACGUCGAGAUCUGGGACCCCUUCGGCCCGACCAUCACCGACGAGAGCAUUUCCGCGCUCGUGCUUUCUGGGGAGACGCGCGCGGGGGGCAAGGCGGUCGACGCCAAGAGGCGCGAGAAGGGGUGGCCGGAUUUGGAGGUCUUUGAGGUUGAUGUUUUGGAUGCGUUGGAUGGUGGUGAGGGGGCGGGUGGGAAGGUUAACGAGGGAGCGGGUGCGGGUGGGCGGGUUACUGAGGGGGUUGUGGGCGGGCAGGUAAAUGAGGAGGGAGCAGGCGUAGAGGGCGCAGUGACGCUGGCUGCUGCCUCUGUUACUCCCACUGCCACUGCCCCUACGCCUGUGGACCAGUCCUUCCAUGCCAAGCUCAGCAGUACCGAGAUCCGGCGGCUGCAGCUCGAGAAGCGGGCGCGUAGGGGGUGAGGUGAAGCCGAGUCGAGCAGAGCAGUUUAGAGCGGAGCGAGGCGGCGCAGGGCUUGUGCCGCACUCACUCACUCAGAGUGCGAGAGAGAGAGAGAGAGAGAGAGAGAGGGAGGGAGGGAGAAAAAGAGACCUAACACUAUGCCGCGGUGCCACACGGCGAGCGCCAAUGAGCGCUCCGGGACACGCGUGCCUGUGCUGCGCUGAGCUGAGCUGCGUCGCGCUGGGCUGAGCUGCAUUGAGCCGAGCUGAGGUUAUGGUCUGGUUAGUUACGCGUCUGUGACACGACGUGGCAAGGUUUACGUAGAGUAGAAGAGGGCGGAUUAUGAUCAAUGAGGGAUGAAUGAAAGCCUUAGUUAAGGUGGGUAGGUAUAGAUAGAUAAUUAGCAGAUAUGAGUAUGA